AUGGGUCUAUCGGGCUACUGCUCCAAGCUGUUCAGCUCCUGCUGCGGCGGCCGCUCCAAGGAUGGGCUGUACGAUCCUGUGCUCGCCGACAGCGAGCGGGAAGCCGUUGCCGACCUACUUGGCUAUCUCGAGAACAGAGCCGAGACCGACUUCUUCUCCGGCGAUCCCCUCCGCGCCUUGAGCACGCUGGUGUACUCUGACAACAUCGACCUGCAGCGGAGCGCGAGCUUGACGUUCGCCGAGAUAACAGAGCGAGAUGUCAGAGAGGUCGACCGCGACACGCUCGAGCCGAUCCUCUUCCUCCUCCAGAAUAGCGAUAUCGAGGUGCAGCGGGCGGCAAGUGCGGCAUUAGGCAACCUCGCCGUCAACACGGAGAACAAAGUUCGCAUCGUCCAGCUCGGCGGCCUUGGUCCGCUCAUCAAGCAGAUGAACUCGCCGAACGUGGAGGUGCAGUGCAACGCUGUGGGCUGCAUUACAAACCUGGCAACGCAUGAGGAGAACAAGGCAAAGAUUGCUCGAUCCGGAGCUCUGCCUCCGCUCACUAGACUUGCGAAGUCUAGGGAUAUGCGGGUUCAGCGGAACGCUACCGGCGCCCUUCUGAACAUGACGCACUCCGAUGACAACCGUCAACAACUAGUCAACGCGGGAGCGAUACCAGUCCUCGUUCAGCUACUCUCUUCCCCCGACGUGGACGUCCAAUACUACUGCACAACGGCUCUUAGCAAUAUCGCUGUCGAUGCGCAGAACCGGAAGAGGUUGGCGCAGACCGAAAGCCGUCUCGUACAAUCGCUGGUACACCUUAUGGACUCUUCGUCGCCCAAGGUCCAGUGCCAAGCGGCUCUGGCGUUGCGGAACCUCGCGUCAGACGAGCGCUACCAGCUUGAAAUCGUUCGGGCUCGCGGGCUGCCCUCCCUCCUUCGUCUGCUCCAGUCGUCAUAUCUCCCUCUUAUCCUUUCCGCUGUCGCGUGUAUCCGCAACAUUUCGAUCCACCCCUCUAACGAAUCUCCUAUCAUCGACGCCGGAUUCCUUGGGCCUUUGGUCGAUCUUCUUGGUUCUACAGAGAACGAGGAAAUCCAAUGCCAUGCCAUCUCUACCCUUCGCAACCUUGCAGCUAGCUCGGACCGCAACAAGCAACUGGUGCUUGAGGCUGGUGCUGUGCAGAAGUGUAAGCAGCUGGUUCUGAAUGUGCCAUUGACUGUCCAGUCGGAAAUGACUGCUGCCGUCGCUGUGCUUGCUUUGAGCGAUGAACUGAAGCCUCAUCUUCUGAACCUUGGCGUCUUUGAUGUGCUUAUUCCCCUCACCGAGUCGGACAGUAUCGAAGUUCAAGGUAACAGCGCUGCUGCUCUGGGCAACCUCUCGUCUAAAGUGGGUGAUUACACCAUCUUUUUGCAGAACUGGAAUGAGCCCAACGGUGGCAUUCACGGCUACCUUUCCAGAUUCCUGGACAGCGGAGACCCUACGUUCCAGCACAUUGCGAUUUGGACACUCCUGCAACUCCUUGAGUCUGACGACUCCAGGCUGCUCAACCUCAUCGGCAAAUCGAGCUCUAUUGUCACGAUGGUCAAGAGCAUCGCGGAUCGUAACAUCGAGUCGGACGAUGAGGACAAUGAAGACGGCGAGGGCGAGGUCGUCAGCCUGGCGCGACGAUGCCUGGAGCUGCUCGGAAACACGCCCAAGACUCUGAUGGAGGGAUGA